AUGGUUUACCGGUGUGCCGAAUUCUAUGGCACUGACCAUAGACUGGUUGUGCCUACAUUAAGGGGCCACUUUAAAACUCCCCGUCACCCCUUGGUGUUUCACUUGGACAGACUGAGGAAGGAGUGUGCCCGGAGGUUCGCCACGGUUCACAGCACUCGAAAACCUGAUGGACCCAACUUGUACCCGAUUCCCACACUCCUCUGUCAAGAGGAGGGUGGCAAGUUACGAGUAUUUCUGAACAGAAAUGACUACGUGUUUCUGCUAUCGCGACCUAUAGUCUUCAUUCGGUGGAACGAAGUGCGCUUCUUAUUCAGGGAAGGACGCUACGUCCGUGUGACCCGACAAACGUUGGCAAUUGAUCUUCUGACAUUGCCCACAAGGGUCGUUCACAAGGAGACGGCCCAUUUUCAAGAACAUGACAAUGUGAGGAAGGAGACAAAUGUUGAAAAAGAUCCCGAAGGAAUGGAAAGAAUAGAUAAUGAAUGGGACAUUAGUGAAGAUAUGAAAGAGGUUUAUGGUAGCGUAAUGUCAGCAGAACAGCUCGCCAAAUUAGAUUCACAACCAAACCCUUUUAACUUCAGUGAAAGAGUUAGCCAGACUACUUGGACACCUUCCAAGACUGACCCUCCCCCAGGCAACACCUUUUCUGAUACCGCUAGCUUCUGGAAGAUCUACGAUGCUUAUGAAAAGGACCACACGUUAGUCCUGGCCAACCAUAUAGAGGUCCAGAGGGAGGAGAGAGAGGAAGAAAAGCAAAAAGAAAUAUCCAGGAAAUCGAUUAAUCCAAAGGCUAUGAGUCGGCUCACCAAUCCUAUCACCAUUCCCCCGCCCUCACCACCCACAAACCGCACCCUAGGCGGGGUGGAGCUAGGCCUUGACCCCAACAUUGUCAAGAUGGUAGAACGGAUCCUAAACCAAAAUACUCAUGACGAAAUCAAUCAAGAUUUCCGAUAUUGGGAAGACGCAAGCGAUGAGUACCGUCAGCUGGAAGGGUCUCUUUUGCCACUAUGGAAGUUCCACUGUAAUAAAUCCCGGUCUCAAGUGGUAUCGUCACUCUCUUGGAGUCCCGCCCACCAUGAUCUCUUUGCGGCUUCUUAUACAGCAGACAAGCUCUGUGCUUUAGAGAAUGAAGGGAGAAUCUGCCUGUUCACCCUGAAGAACCCUGGUAUUCCCGAGAGAAUGCUGGUUACUCCCCAAGGCGUCACGUCAGUCCAAUUCCACCCUUCUCGUGAGAGCGUGGUAGUUGCGGGUCACAGCGACGGGACGGUGACGGUGUUCGACGCCGCUGCGUCUCCAGGGCGGCUCUCCUCCUCCACGACCUCCGACACAGGGAAUUACAGCGGCUUGUGUCAAAUAAUGCUCAGAAAUGAUGGCCUUGUUGAUGAAGAUGUGGCUGAUCCAUAUUUCUCUCCUGAGACUGUUAGUCUAAUGCACUUGGCAAUGGUGGCUCGGAUGAAGAUUACAUAUUUAUACCUGCCCAUGAAGAAACAAGUCUGCUGCCUGGACACCGAACCAGGGCAGAGUCCAAGUUUCUAUUCGGUAUCCCAAGAUGGUCGAGUGUCCCAAUGGUUUGUUCAUUCACCAUGGCUUAAAUGCUCAGACAUUCUGGAUUUCCACACAACCAAGAGGCCCACCAGAAAAGCUUCUUCGAGCAAGGUCAGUCUUGAAGACCUGGGAGGACCUGUUGUGGGGCUGGCAUGGUCCCCUUCCAGUAGCACAGUGAUAGUGGCUGUUACUGAAGAAGGACGGGUCUAUGUAUACGACAUUUAUCUUCGCAAGUGUCAGCCUUUGUGCAUUCAAAACCUGGUCCAGAGACGUCGUUUCAGCUUAGCUUCCGUGGCCUUCAGUCCUUACCAGCCCGUUAUACUGGUGGGAGGAGAGAGGGGUUACCUCGUAGCAUUCAAGCUCUCGCCUAACCUCAGGAAGCUGCAUAAAGAUGCAAAGGGUGCGGAUGAGAACAGGAAAAAGGAGAUAGAAUUGUGCAAGAUGGAGAGGAUCAUCGCCAUAAGCAGGGGCUGAGGACACACCUUAUCUCGGCUGUUAUUAUAACCUACUUGGUUUGCAUUUAUCACGGUCAUUCAUCAUUAUUGUUUUCCUAUAAUUGUUCUUAUAGAUAUUUUUAGAUCAUUGCUUAUGUUUCAGAUAGGUGUUUGUCGCUUCCUAAGCUGAUGAGCAUUAGAAUAAUUUAAAUAUUAUGAAGUAUUCCUUAAUAUAAGUACUAACCUCAUAUCUACAACCUAACUUUUCUUUAUGGUUCUAUUCUCUGGCGUAUACAUUUCUUUU